AUGCAACAAUUACACUGUAACCUGGAUCAGCCCAAAAAUCUACAGUCAACGGACGGAUGUUUAGCCAUUACAGCCGCUCGUGAGACCAAUCCUUACAUUUUGUCUAAUAAUAAAAGUUUUAGUUCAGCGAUGAUUACGUCAAAAAAGAGCUGGACUUACGGCCGGUUCGAGAUUAGAGCCGCCCUUCCCAACGGGAAAAUGUUGAGACCGGCCUUUAUUAUGAUUCCCGCUGCCGAACAGACUAAAUGGGCACUCGAUGGCCAGAUAGAUGUUAUGACAAAUAUCCAGGACUCUAACCUGUAUGCCGGUGCCCAUUACGGGUUGGAACGCCCAAAUGGAGACACCCCGUACACCGGCGCUGAAUAUAACGCCGUAUCCGCAAACCUACAGGACUUUCAUACCUACGCCGUCGAGUGGAAUGAAACACAUAUUCAAUGGUUUUUUGAUGACAACAAACAUUCAAAAGAUUUUGAUAUCAAUAAGACGUUAACCACUGAUUAUACCAAAAAUGGACAGCCGUUUGACAAAGCAUUUAAGUUGACCCUAUCGUUAGGUGUGGGCGGGGAUGCCGAUUAUCUGUUCCCGGGAAUGUCACUCACGGAGAGUGAUUACAUGUCAUGGAAGUGCUCGGCGAUUAUCAUCGAUUAUGUCCGCGUCUAUGAGUGGGUCGACAACCAUACUGUCCACUCGGGUCAUAUUAGCAGUGUAGGUGACCGUACAUCCAGUGCCGAUAUAUGCGAGUCUGUCAUGUCGUACAUACGAUCGUCUGAUCAUACGGACGGCGACAGUCACACAACUCCCGGACCAAUUGAACCCACGUUUACACUGACGCUCACGUCUAUUGUGUCAAUCAUUUGCGGCUUAAUUAUAGCAAUACUUAUACUAAUCGUUAUAUUUCUAGCCGUAAGACAGAAGCGAUUAAAUAUCGUUAACCAAGAGAUUAGUCUCGACUCUUACGACGACUGCAGAGCCGGAGAUAGUGGUCUGAAAAGGGAUGAGACGUACGAUGAGUAUAGCUAUUGUGUGCCAAAUUACGAGACAGACAUAAAUCCCGGUGCUGUCGAUAAUAACUAUCUACGAAUGGCUCGUGAAACCAAGGAUGAGUUCGAGGGCCCGGUAUUAGACAGAGAGCACUGGGAUGUGGAUAAUACAAUGUCUACUGCAAAGUGUAAUGGUGUUCACAGAGAUAUUCAGUUGCACUGUAGUCUGGAUCAUCCUAAAAAUCUACAACUAAGGGACGGGUGUUUAGCCUUAACAGCAGCCCAAGAGUCAAAUAAUACAAAAUACAGUUCAGCGAUGAUUACGUCAACCAAGAGCUGGACGUACGGCCGGUUCGUGAUUAGGGCCGCCCUUCCCAGAGGGAAAAUGUUGAGACCAGUUAUUGUUAUGUUUCCGGUGGCCGGACAUGAGGGUCGGUGGCCCAUCAGUGGACAGAUAGAUAUUUUGUCAAACAAUCAAAACUCUUUACUAAAUGGUGGUGCCCAUUAUGGCAGUCCUGCUGUGUAUAGCAAUCAGGGACACCAAAAAGUAUCGGAAAACCUGCAGGACUUUCAUACUUAUGGUGUCGAGUGGAAUGAGACACACAUUCAAUGGUUUUUUGAUGACCAAGAUCAGUUGCAAAAUUUCGACAUCAAUAGGACGUUAUCCGAUGCGUAUGAGAGAAAAGGACAGCCUUUUGAUCGCCCAUUUAGGUUACAGUUGGAGUUGGGUGUGGGCGGGGAUGCAGACCAUCUGUUCCCCAGAGAGACACUCACUGACGCGGAUUACAAGUCGUGGAAGUGUUCGGCGUUUAUCAUCGAUUAUAUCCGCGUAUAUCAGUGGGUAGACAGUCCUAACUCUAGCUAUAUUACUGGUGGUGACCGUACAUCCAGUGCCGAUAUCUGUGAGGAUGUAAUGUCUCACAUAAGGUCUAAUAAUAAAACCGAUGAUAACAAGAGUAUAAGCGCCAACCCUACCGGUCUCACUACACCUACUAAUACCACAUUAUCGAUUAAAAGCGAGUAA